AUGACAGAGCGAUCCUGCGGUAGCUCUGCAACCACAUGGAAGGUGCUGUUGGUGGGGGCACUGAGUGUCCUUGCCACGACGGUGUGCAUAGCUCUGCUUCAGCAGUACGUGAUGCCGCUGGGAAGCGCAGCGGUGGUUGUAUCCGCAAGCCACCUCCAUCUCGCGCUGGCUGCCACCACGUAUCUCGUGUUGCGCUUCGUCACCGUGGCUCCCUAUGGUCGUUACGCGGAAAGCUCACAGGUGCAUGUUGCGGUGCCCGCCCCCCUCUCUUGGGCGUUGCAGGAGUGCCCUACGCUGUUGAAUGUAAUUUAUUACCUUCUUGUGGAGUACCCGUGCCACUCGUUGGGGGGCGGCUGCGGUCAGUGGAUGCGUCUUGCGUUUGACGAUCCGCUAGGGGAGGCGGCGCAUGUGGUUGCCGACGGACUUGCGUCGCUUCACGUGGGGCUUCUGCUUUUUGUCAUUCAUUACGUCUACCGCAGCCUCCUCUACCCGCUGCUCAUACGCGAAGGGACGCCAGUGCCAAUAGAAGUCAUGCUCUGUGCCACUUUGUACUGUCUCUUCAACGGUCGUUUGCAACUGCUGGCAAACAUCCGUGACGGGCCCGCGGUGUCUCGUUUCCCGCUCGACUCCAAGAUUCAUAUGACGCUGCUUUUUGUUGGCAGUGUCGUCUUCUUCGCGGGGAUGUGGGUGAACGUGUGCUCUGACUACGGUCUUUUGCGGCUGAAGGCGAAGCCGCCGAAGGGCACGCGCAAGAUUCCACAUGGAGGGCUCUUUAAAUACGUGAGCUGCGCAAACUUCUUUGGGGAAAUCGUGGAGUGGUGCGGCUAUACCCUCGUCGUGUGGUCAACCACCGCCGCGAGUAAAGCGGAGGCGGGGCUGGCGGCGUGUAGUUUUUUCCUAUACGUGAUGGCAAACCUGCUUCCUCGCGGUCGAUCGCACCAUGCGUGGUACGAGAAACACUUUGGGAGCGCCUACAAGGCACUGCGGCGCAGGGUUGUUAUCCCGUACUUGUACUAA